ACAAGUUCUGUUUUCAAAUCAAAACAAAACAAGAAAACAAGAAAUUUGUAUUCGAGUUUUCAAAUUCAUCUGAAUCAUUUCCCAAAUACCAUGUCUCUUGCGAAAUUCUUCAGUAAAUCUAUCGAACAAUCUCCUCGUCUUAAUAGAGUUUGCUUCCUAAAACCAAAGCAAGCCGAACUCCAGACUAUUCAUCUGAAAAAAGGCCCAAAUGAAAUUGGUCGCACCAAAGAAACCGGCAUCCGAGAUGUACGAUGUUCUAAGCGCCAAUUGCUUCUUGAUGUCGACUUGGAAAAAUGUCAGGUAACUCUUGAAGUUUUAGGCGUAAAUCCGUGCUCUUUAAAUGGUUUCAUGGCCAAUCAGGGUACUAAAGUAGUUGCAUUGCAUGGCGAUGUCUUAGAAAUAGUCUACGGACGACAUCCUUUUGAAAUUGUCUUUAAACCACCGCCAUCUGAUUCGAAGUCCGAACCAAAAGAUGACGAUGACGAAGAAGAUAAAGAAGAUUCUAAUACAUCAGUUGACAACUCAAAAGAAGCUUGGCAAGUGCUAGAAAAUGGCAAAUUAGUCGUGUUUACGAGUAAAGCAGUUAAGAGCUCGGCUAAAAUCGCCGGCUAUGACAUGGAUGGAACCAUAAUUACCACAAAGUCUGGCAAUGUUUUCCCUAAAAACACUGAAGACUGGCAAAUCAUAUACCCAGAAGUUCCCUCAAAGCUUAAGAAAUUGAUUGAAGAUGGUUACAAAAUCUGUUUCUUUACAAAUCAAGGAGGCAUUGCCAAAGGCAAAAUCAAACUUGAAGAUUUUAAGCAAAAAAUCAAAGGAAUCUGCGCUAAGCUAAAUAUCCCCAUACAAGUGUUCAUUGCCGUUGGCGAUGGAUUCUAUAGAAAACCAGUUCCUGGUAUGUGGAACCAAUUAUGUGAAAAGGAUAACGAUGGUAUACAAAUCGACAUGAAAGAGAGUUUCUAUGUCGGCGAUGCUGCUGGUCGAGAUGCUGAGGGCAAAAAGAAAAAAGAUCACUCCUGCUGUGAUCGAUUAUUCGCCCUAAAUUUAGGCCUUACUUUCUUCACACCUGAAGAACACUUUUUAGGAAAGAAACCAACGAGCUAUGAUUUACCUGAAUUUAAUCCUGGUAAAUUGCCUAUGAAUUUGCCACAUAUCGAGCCAAGUCAUACAAAAAUCCCAUCAGAUGCUCCAUGUGAGUUGAUUGUUCUCGUUGGUCUCCCAGGUUCUGGGAAGAGUGAGUUUAGCAGAAGCACCCUCGAGCCUUUGGGAUACACUGUUCUAAAUGCAGAUAUUUUAGGAAGUUCAGCGGCUUGUGUGAGUCGAUGUCAAAAAGCUUUGCAAGCUCAACAAAAAUGCGUCAUAGACAAUACGAACGUUGAUGUAGAAACGAGGAAAAAAUAUGUGGAAAUCGCUAAAAGGUUCAAUGUACCUUGUCGAUGUUUCCAAAUGAAUACUACUCCAAGUCAAAUUCAACAUAAUAUCGCUUUUCGUCAACUAACAGAUUCGAAGCAUUCAAAAAUUAAUCAAAUGAUUCUAAAUACCAUGAAAAAGAAAUGCAAAGAACCCUCGCUGGCUGAGGGCUUCACAGAGAUUGCCAAAGUAAAUUUAAAAUAUGAAUUUAAAUCUUCAGAUGAAGAAAAGUUAUACAAAUUGUACUUAGUUGAGAAAUAAAGUUGUUUUUGAAUAAAAUGAAAUUAAAUUAUUUUUA